AAAAACUACGUCGUUCACCGUUGAGUACAGGAAAACCUUAAACCCCUGCAAUUCCGAGUGAGAAUCAUUCGAAACCUCUUUCCAUCUUAGCAGACGUACAAAUGUAAUGUCUCCUCGAAGACUCUUGUUCUUUUCUUCAUCCUCCGUAUUAAGUCACGGUCACCGCGGUCCAACUCUAUCACAGCACCGUUGGAUUUUCACGACAACCCAACUUAAUGGCUCGUGGAUGGACAAGAUCAAAGGUGUCAUCACCGGCCAAAAGGCCGCCACUCCUGAAUCCACCACUUCCUCUGAGUCCUUCACCCUCCUCCGGUUUGCUGAUGAGUUGAGCAAAGCAAGAAAGGUAGGGACUUUUAAGCAGUACAUUGUGGGCCGAAGCAGUGAAGCGACAUUUGCCGAUGCCUUUGAGAAGCAGGAGGCCAUUAUUAGGUAUCUUGGAGGUUUUGAUCCUACUGGAGAGAAUCUCCAAACUACUCAGAAGCAAGAAGCAGCAAAGCAUUGUAAUUGCACAAUAGCUGACGUUGAGAAUUCCUUGGCAAAAUUUACAUGGGCUAAAGAAGCUCAAAAGAAAAUCGAGAAGUUGAAAGGAGAAGGGAAGCCAAUGCCAAAGAGCUUGGCUGAGGUCAGAAUAUGUGACAUGUAUGUCAACGUGUAUACACACAAGGUGUCUUGUGUUUGUUUGGAUUGGUGGUCUACCUGUGCAUUCCUAGUUAAGGAAUUAGAACUUUCUCGUACCAUUAGAAUGAGUGGUUGCUCUUAG